GACGGUGGGGCGGGCGUUGCAGGUACUGCCUGAUGCAGUCCAUCAAGCACUGCCAGGUCCAGCGCGAGAGCCUGGUCCGGGCCGGGAAGAAGAUCGCCUACCAGGGCCGGGUGAAGGACGAGCCGGCCUACUACUGCAACGAGUGCGACGUGGAGGUCUUCAACAUCCUCUUCGUGACCAGCGAGACGGGGGGGCGCAACACCUACCUGGUGCACUGCGAGGCCUGCGCCCGGCGCCGCAGCGGGGCCCUGCACGGCGUCGUCGUCCUGGAGCAGUACAAGACCGAGGAGCUCAUGCAGAUCUACGACGGCUUCACCCUGGUGAGGGGACACCACGGCGUGGGGACAUCGUCACGGGGUGGGGACAUCGUUAUGGG